AUGGCAAACGUAGCAAAGAGAUUAUUGUUAAAUGGAAAAGAUAUUUUACCUACCGUUCGUGACGCACAAUCACCCAAGAAGAAUUUAUAUAAAUUAUUAAAUGUUUAUCCAAGUUAUGGUGUUGGUCUAAAAGUGGCACCAGAUCAUUGGGUCAACAAAGGAAUCACUAACAGCUAUUACGAAAUUACAAAAGUAUCACUAAAAAUGAAGGAUAUAACACACGGAAAGGCAUUCGGUAUUAAGGUCUGGGAUGGAAAUACGAGGGGGUUACAAAUGGAAUUGGAUGUUAUGGCCGAUCAAACAGCAUCAUUAGCAUUUUUAAAAUAG